GGUAGUUUGGAGAAAAGAGUAAGCGUCCGGGAGGAGGAGACAGUAUCGAUGGAUAUGUAAACUUGCACUCCUCUCUGCAGUGCAGUGGAAGAUGGUGCGAGGUGGAUCUGUACUCUGAAAUGCAGAAGUUUUGAUGUUUGAAUUCAUCUUCCUGCUUGCAAGAGAGAACUCUAAUAACUCAGUGUCAAAGCCAAGACACAAACUCAACCUCUCAUCUUCCAAAAGUGUCACGUCACAACAUGGAAGCUGUCGCCAAGUUUGAUUUCAUGGCCUCUGGUGAGGAUGAACUGAGCUUUCACACUGGAGACGUUCUGAAGAUCCUAAGUAACCAAGAAGAAUGGUUCAAGGCGGAGCUUGGGAGCCAAGAAGGAUAUGUGCCCAAGAAUUUUAUAGACAUCCAGUUUCCUGAGUGGUUUCAUGAAGGACUCUCAAGACACCAGGCAGAGAACUUACUCAUGGGCAAGGAAGUUGGUUUCUUCAUCAUCCGGGCCAGCCAGAGCUCACCAGGGGAUUUCUCCAUCUCUGUCAGGCACGAGGAUGACGUCCAACACUUCAAGGUCAUGCGAGACAACAAGGGCAAUUACUUCUUGUGGACUGAGAAGUUUCCAUCCCUAAAUAAGCUGGUGGACUACUACAGGACGACUUCCAUCUCCAAGCAGAAGCAGAUCUUCCUGCGGGAUAGAACCCGAGAAGAUCAGGGUCACCGUGGCAACAGUCUAGAGCGCAGAUCCCAGGGCAGCCCACAUCUCAGUGGGGCGGUGGGAGAAGAAAUCCGGCCUUCAAUGAACCGGAAGCUGUCGGACCAUCCCCCGCCCCCUCCCUCACAGUACCACCAGCACCAACAGCCACCCCCGCAAUACCCCACAGGGCUGCAGCCCCCACCACAGCGAUACCAACAGCAUCACCACUUUCACCAGGAACGCCGUGGAGGCAGCCUGGACAUAAACGAUGGGCACUGUGGCACAGGCAGCGAGGUGAACGCGGCCCUCAUGCACCGGAGACACACAGACCCCGCCCAACUCCAGGUGGCAGGGCGCGUGCGGUGGGCCCGGGCCCUAUAUGACUUUGAGGCCCUGGAGGACGACGAGCUGGGAUUCCACAGCGGAGAGGUGGUCGAGGUCCUGGACAGCUCCAACCCAUCGUGGUGGACCGGCCGGCUGCACAACAAGCUGGGCCUCUUCCCCGCCAAUUACGUGGCACCCAUGAUGAGAUGAGCCCUCUGAGGGGCCGGAGCUCUUCCUCUGAGGCGGGCAAAAGCUGGGCCACGUCCCCCACGCCCCUGCACGCGCAGACGCGAGUCCUGUAGGCGCACACCCACACAUUUCAUAAUUUAUUGGCACUUGGGUCGGUUAAUAUUGGCACUUGGGUGGGUUGACAUGGAAAGGAGCUCAGGUGGAGAAUGAAAUUUGUGCUUCAUUUUUUUGCUCCUCUCGGGGUGCAGAAGGCAGGGGGGAGUGGGGCAGGGGGCAGGAAAAUGACAUGGGACUUCAAGAGCUGUCCCUGCUUCCUCCCUGCUUUGGGAAAUUUUCCCAGAGAGCGGCUGGGUGGAGGCCCCACCCCAGUACUGGACGCAGAACAACAGGGUGGGGCUGGGCGUGGCGGGCCGUUGCGGAUCCCUGCAGCCCUGCGCACCUGGAGGGCUGCGGGGCAGCUUUCUUCCCAUUCUCCAGGGGGUGGGCACUGCUGCGUCAGAUUUAAGGUGCAGCUGAUCCGCUGCCACAGGCUCCAGGCAAGUCUGAGCGGGAGCUCGCAGGGGCAAGGACAGGAGCAACUGCGUGGGAGAGUCCCCACUGUGCGAGGCUGGCCUUCCAGCGAUGCCCAGCCGCCACUUGCUUCCUUGGGGAUAACAUUCCUUGGGUGAACCUUUCCUGUGGUUGUCUGGAGAGGGCGUCUCCAACAUGGAGAAACACAGAAGGUGUGAGGAGUUACGACUGAGAAGUGGAGGGAUCUUCCAUAGCUCCCCUGGCUUACCUGGAUGUGACCUCAGUUUCCCCAGCUACAAAGAGAGCAGCAUCUUAGAUUCUACUAAAGUGCUUGGAGAAGCCCUGGCUGACCAUGCUGAAUUUGAGGGUCAUUGUUUCCUGGCUAUCAGGGUGUCUCUUCAGGGCUGUGUUCACUUUCUUUCUUGAUUUCUGCGUUUGAAGAUGCCUUGCCCAGUGGCCCAGAGAGAAGCCUGACUAGGGAUCAAUAGAUCAAUUGAUGGAUUGAAUAUGACCUCAUGAAGAAGCAGACUUUGAGUUCCUUGUUCAAUCUGACUGUUGGACCAUUCCCAGCCUCCCUUCUCCUGAGCAUUGUACCUGGGGGGAGGAACCCCACUGUCAUUGACCCACCUUGUCACCUCAAACUAGAAUCGUGUGUCCCAGUGCUCAUCCUGGGGGUGUGAAACACAGAUCAGCCUGGCCCGAGAGGAAGCCCAGGAGCAAACAUGUCUGUGCAGGGGGCACUUAGGGGAAGAGAGAGAGAGAGUGCACGCCCAUGCGUGUGCACACAUGUGUGCAUGCCUGUGCACACAUGUGUGCAUGCCUGUGCAUCUGGGCUGAGACCGGAAAGAAAGGGCUGGUGUCACAGGUGUUGGUGAGGGCGCACGGUAGGCCCUUGCUCCUUUGUUUCUCCUCCCAGCCUGUUUGCGCUAGACGAUAAAAGAGAGUUUCUGACUCAGAAGUGACUGCCAGUGAAGUGUAAACUCUGUCCCCUGUGACUGAUCCUACAAUUCUCUGAUCCCCGUGUUCCCUUUAGAGAAAAGGGGGGGAGAAAGGGACUCUGUGGCAGGGACUGGAAGGGAAGAGAAAAUAGCCUGGAAGCAGCCAGGGAAGCAGAAUGUGAGUGAGGAGAGGUUGCAGCCUCUGGAAGCAAAGGCAGGAUCGAGGUAAGAUGCUAAGUGGGACAGGCAGGGUGAGUGUGAUGAGCCCGGGAUGUUGGGGGACAGCCAGUGCAGGAGGGAGGGACUUAGUCAGGUGGGAAAGGGCGACUCCCAGCAAAGUAAGGAUCAAAGACACCCCAGGAAGACAAAGAAACAGGAGAAGGGGAGCCAACACAGAGAGGCCCUCAUGAGCUCUCUUGGUGCUAGGUAAUGUGAAACAUUAAAGAAAAGCCAGAAGUAAUGUUUGAUUUUACAGUAUCUGCAAACCAUAUGCUUUAAACAGCCCACAGACUUCAUCCAUUGUCUGAUUCCGUGGGAGGACCAGCCCCGGGUGAGAGACACACAGCAUGGCUCUGGUCUCCAUCCCGAGCCUGACACACCCUGAAGAAGGCAGCAGUCACACAACGAGAGCUGCGCUCCGCCAGGGUCUGGUGUCUGGGUGGCACAGCCCCCAGGUGGGCAGGGGAGGACCCAGCACCGGCGGGGCCGUGGCCUGGAGAGUUUGCUCACAUAAGCAGACAGCGAUCGCAGUUUACAGAGCCCGAGGGACAGGGCGUCUUGCUCUAGAAAAGGCCAGCGUGGGAGCGGGAGCGGGGGCUGUGGAGGCGCCCGCCCCACCCGUCAAUGCAGCUAGAUCAAGAGGAGGCGGGCAGCCCUCUCCCACACCAGCAGAACAGGCUCUCAGGGGCCAAGCCAAGAAGACAAGGACCAAACUGUCCCCACUGGGUGGGCCAGGGGCAGGGGGAGCUUAGCUCUCCUCGAUCACUGGUGCAGCCCGGGGAGGGGGCUCCUGGGGAGUUGCUCCCCUGCCCCUCCCCUCUACCCCAGCUUCGCCUCCUUUGCUCCUCAGAGCCAGGGGAGUGUCCACCGGCACUUCUCACCAGCCACACAGCCAGCGCCCAACAUGCUGUCUCUGGUUUGGGCUGCAAUGUUCUGUGUGACUUAGGAGCAGGGAACUUCCAGAGAAAAUCCAGUUCCUGCUCAACCAGUUGGGUUUUACUAACCUCUUGCUGAGGCUCAUGGCAUUUCAAUGAUCUGGCACCUACCACUGCCCACCCACUUGCAGAUCCUCAGGAUGAUCUAAGGCCCCUGCUUCUCAAAAUUUCAAGCACCUACAAAGUGCCUGGGGAUUCUGUUAAAAUGCAGGUGCUGCUUCAGUUCUGCUUUUUUAACAGGCUCCCAGGUGCUGCGGGCUGGGUCCACACUUGAGCAAGCAGCAAGGGCAAAGAACUUGGCAGUGAGCCAAACAGCUAGAAAAAUCAAAUUGGUUUCUUUUUCUGAGGUUAUUCAGUCAUUCCUCUCCGUUGCUAAUGAAUAAGUUACUUUGGCUUUGGGACAGACCCGGUUCAGAGCUGUCAUUAUGACAUCAUUUAUGUUUGACAGCCCAGUGACUUCAUCUCCAUCAGGAAUCAAAAACCUUUCAGACAAACAGGAAUUUUCUAAUAGUAACUGUUUUAAACAUGAGCAGAGGUAACAGAAGACAUUGCGAAAACUUUCUUAGGAAAUCUUUAAACAUAAAAUUGACACCCAUCACAUGGGGGGUGAUAAGCAAGACAGGCACAUGGGUCUCCACCCCAUCAUUGGAUCUCAGACGACCCAAAGCAAAACAGCCCACAGUGGGGAUAGAUUGUCACUGUCAAAAUAUUUGCCACUUGCCUUGUCUAAAGUCGACAUUUCUACCUGUCUGUAUCAAGACCAGAGUGUAAAAAAAAACUUUGUCUCAAUUCUUUAAAAAAAAAAAUGUUUUUCAAGUUCUACCACUUCAUUACCAUGGCCACACCAGCUUGGCGUCCCUCUUAAGCAACUCUGUCAUCCUCCUUACUUUCCCCCCUGCAUUGUCUCUUUUUUGGGGGGUGGGUAUGGGGGAUUGAACUCAGGGGCACUGGACCACUGAGCCACAUCCCCAGCCCUAUUUUGUAUUUUAUUUAGAGACAGGGUCUCACUGAGUUGCUUAGUGCCUCACCAUUGCUGAGGCUGGCUUUGAACUCUCAAUCCUCCUGUCUCAGCCUCCCGAGCUAUUGGGAUUACAGGCAUGCACCACCAUGCCCCACCCUGCAUUGCUUCUUGUCCCCAGUAUAUUCUCCACACAGACACCAGAGUGAUAUUUGUAAAAUAAAUUAAUCUGAUCACAUCACUCUCCUUCCAACUGCUCUUGACUUUGAACCCAAAACCCUAAUGUGACCCUGCCAGGUCUGGCCUCUGCCAGGAUCCUUCCAGCCUCCCCUUGUGCCUGUCCCCCAUCCUCUUGCUUUCAUGCCCCUGACCCAUUGGCCUUUUUCGGCCUCCAGAUGGCCCAGGAUUUGUCUCCAUCUGUGGAUCCCUCUGUCUGGAAUGCACAUCCUCCUCUGUUCUUUACCUGGAAAUUCUUGAUCAGGCCUGGAUUUAAAUGUCACUGCCUCAAAUAGUCCCUCCCUGACCCCUAAUCUAAAACAACCCUUCCCAUAGACUAUACCUCAAAUCCCACGCUUUUUCUGAAUGGCACACACACAUCGCUAGACUGAGUCAUCUGACUAUUAGACUGGAAGCUCCAUGGGGCAGGGAUGGGCUGUUUUGUAAACCACUGUACGCCCAGCAUCUCCCAUGGUGCGCAGCAU